GGGGACUUGCGGAGCAGCAUGAGCAGUCGGCCAAUGUGACCUUCGUCUGAGUCGAGCGUCGCUGUUCAACAUUCACGAAGAAGAACUCUGCGGCGAACACAAAAAAAGAGAGAAAAAACAACCGAGAGGAGAUUCAAAGGAAAGCACGGAGGCGCACGAGGGAGGAGGCGAAAAACAACAGCCCGCCGACUCAUCCGUCCCUCUGUCCAUCACCGAGCCACAGGUCCAGCAAACCGGAGCUGACUCGGCAGCCAUGGGUGGGACGAGGGUCUUACUCCUGAUGUUGCUGGUUGGAUGGGAAAGGUCAGCGGCGCUUAACUGGAACCCAGUCCCUCGCAAGACCGUUCGAUACCAAGAUGGGCAGGACAGCAUGGCGAGGUUCAGCGUUCAGGGAGUGUUCAACUACAGCAUGCUGACUCUGUCUGACCACGAGAGGGUUCUGUACGUCGGCGCCCGGGAAACGCUGUUCGCCCUGGACCCCAACGACAUCAGCAGACAACUCCGACCACAGAUCGACUGGCCGGCUCCGCAGGACAAGAAGAGGGAAUGUGUCUCCAAGGGGAAGAACAACCAGACUGAGUGCUUCAACUACAUUCGCUUCCUGCAGAGCUACAACCACACACACCUCUACACCUGCGGCACCUACGCCUUCCAGCCCAAAUGCAAUUACAUUAAAGCGGACGAUUUUACCCUCAACCCGGCAGCUCUGGAGGAUGGGAAGGGAAAAUGUCCAUAUGACCCUGCCAAAGGCCACACUGGUCUCAUUGUGGAUAAGGAGCUGUACUCAGCGACGCUCAACAACUUCCUGGGCACGGAGCCGGUCAUUCUGAGAAACCUGGGCCAGCAGCAUUACAGCAUGAAGAGUGAAUACUUGCCUGCCUGGCUAAACGAGCCGGACUUUGUGGGCUCGGCCCUGGUGAGGGAGAGCAGCGGCAGCAAAGACGGUGACGACGACAAGAUCUACUUCUUCUUCAGCGAGCGAGCGCUGGAGCUGGACUGCGACACCGAGCUCACCGUGGCCAGAGUGGCCCGCGUCUGCAAGGGUGAUCUGGGUGGCACCAGGACCCUGCAGAAGAAGUGGACCACCUUCCAGAAAGCCCGGCUGGAGUGCUCCCUGCCGGAGCGCCACGUUUCCUUCAACAACCUGCGGGCCGUCUUCACGCUGCCGGGGCCCGACUGGCGAGGGACGACCUUCUACGGCAUCUUUCACGCUCAGUGGUCAGUAUGAGAGGAAAAGGCACGC